UCUAGGGUGCCGAAUUUGUAUUUUGGUUUUAUCGAAGUGCUUAAUAUGAUUGGUGUAAGAAUGAAUACUUUCAAUGAUACAUCUGGGGAACCUGAACAAGAUGCUAACUCAGCGUUAACUGAGCUUGAUAAAGGUCUGCGAUCAGGAAAGGUAGGCGAACAAUGUGAAGCUAUUGUAAGGUUUCCUCGACUCUUCGAAAAGUAUCCAUUUCCAAUUUUAAUCAACUCCUCAUUUCUUAAAUUGGCUGAUGUGUUUCGUAUGGGCAACAACUUCUUGCGGCUGUGGGUGUUAAGGGUUUGUCAGCAAAGUGAGAAGCACUUGGACAAGAUAUUGAAUGUGGACGAGUUUUUGAGGAGGGUCUACAGUGUUCUUCAUUCCAAUGACCCAGUAGCUAGGGCCUUAGCUUUGAGAACGCUUGGUGCUGUUGCUGGCAUUAUUCCUGAGAGACAGAAUGUCCAUCACGCAAUAAGAAGAGGAUUGGAGAGCCAUGACGAUGUGGAAGUUGAUGCGGCUAUUUACGCUACAACAAGAUUUGCUGCACAUUCUAAUGCAUUUGCCGUAGCAAUGUGCAACAAACUGUCAGACAUGGUGGAAUGUGAGAGCACUGGGGCCGAGCGUAGAGUCAAGCUGGUGAAGGCGUUACGGACUGUGCAUGGAGGAGCUGUUCGAGCACAAGGAGUCCUGAAACUUCUAAGAUCUCUGCUGCAGAAGUUUCCUUCAUCCAGUCUGGUGCGAGCUGCCAUCAGUGCAUUGACAGCAAUAGCUGCAGACACAGUGGUACAUGUACCAGAUCAGGUGGAGCUUCUCCUAAGUCUAGCGAUGAACGACCCCCGCUCGGCCGUGCGGCGCUCCGCUCUGCUAGGGCUCCGGCGGCUGGCGGAGCACGCGGCGCUCUGGUCCUCAGACAGCAUACGAGACCUCGUCCGAGCGGCAGCCGACGCUGAUGAGCAUGUGAUGCUGUGUCUCCAGGUUAUGCAGAUCCUAGUCCGUUGCCCGGCAGUCUGCGCGGCGGCCGGCGGUGCGGGCGGCGCGGGGGACGCGUGCGGUGCCCUGCGACAGUUCUGCUGCGACGCGGCGCUCAGCGUGCGCCUCGACCGCGCCGCCAUUGCCGCGCUCGUGCUGACUAGAAUCGUUGUGCACUGCUACGAGGAAGGCCUGCCGGCGGUGGGCGGGGACCUCAUGCUGGCUCUGGAGUCUCUGGUUUCCGCGACCGGGUUCCCGGGACAAACCAACACCAUCAAACCGCUGAGGACCGCGCUACGGUGUUUGGUCCAACUGAGCACGGCCAAGCCGGAUCUGUACGCGGGUCGGACUGCCACAGUAGUUGGCCUGGCGUUAGGGCCUGCGCAGGGGGCGGAGCGCCAGAAAGCCCUAUUGGAGGCCCUAGCGGCUCUCGGAGCGUUAGGGCCGGGACAUUGCGCUCCGGCGUUGCCGCACUUGCUGACUGCGUUGCAGGAGGCUAGCUCUGCAUGUAACGAUCCAAGCUACGACGGCACCCUCCUAGUGUUAGUCUGCACUGCGCUACUACAAGAGCGGGCAGGGGCGGCGCUAACACGCACCGCCCACCGUGGCUGGGAGGCGCGGCUGGCUGCGGCCGUCGUCCCCGCUGACGGCUGGACGCGGUACAGAGUCGCUAGAGCUGCUCUGAGGUACGGGCACUACCGCGUCGCGGCGGCUUUGCUGCGCGAGCUGGCGGCGGCGGCGCCGAGCGAGGCCGCGCAGCGCUGGCUGUGGGCGCUGCACAGAGCCGCCACCGCUGACGCCCAGCUGCUCGAAGAAGGUAUAUCGGGUCUGGAAGCGGCCAGCGCGGGGUGGGCGACGUUCGGCGACGGCGGCACGAGCGGCGGCGGCGCGUGCUCCAACUGCAGCGGCUGCGGCGCCUGCCUCGCGCUCGCGCCCGCCUGGGCCGCAGCAAGGGCCGCGGGUUUGGCGGCACUUGCGCGAGCGGCCGCCGCUGCGCGCGCAUUGUGCACGCAGCCGCCACCCGCCAUUGCGCUAGCGCACGCUCAGGCGGCCCGCGACCCGGCCGCCAAAGCAGGAGCUUGCUGCGAGGCGCUGCGUGGCGCGGCGCGCGCGCUGGCGGCCGCGGCGCAGCGGUACGGCGACAUCGCACAGACGGCGUUCUACGCGGACGACAGUACGCUCCGAUUGUUACACAUUUCACAGCACACGUACGCGCAGCUCUCUCAGUUCCUCGACCGCAUCACCUCCAGCCAACAGGAAAAGAGCGAGCUCAUCACUCAGGACUUCACCCCGGCCAACUUAGAGGAGAUAAUAGCUCUGACUCCCUCUAAGAAGAUAGCCGAUAUAUCGAGCAAGCUGUUCGAUAACCCAACUACUACACCGGGGAUUUCGCAUAGGCACGCAGAGGCGGUGCUAGCUGCGGUCCGCGCGGCGUGUUGUGGCGCCGCGUGGUUGCGUGGCGUGUGGUCGGGUUCAGGGGGGCCCCUCUGUCGCCUGGCGUUAACGCCGGCCCCGCGCGCCGGUGUCGAUCACGCGGCGGCGUUACCAGUUGCACACAAGUUGGCGUUGAAGCUAGAGGGAGUGGUGUUGCCGCCGCCGGCUGGGGCUAAGAACAAGAAGCCAGCUCGUGAAGUGAAAGGUGUACAGAUUACAGUGACUGCUACUCCACAUCCUAGAUCUAAUGAAAAGUCCGUGGAGUCAUGCGCGCCGGUACUGACCGCGGUCCAAACCGUCACACCGAUCCGCGACUAUUUCUGCGCGUCACAGCUGGUCGGCGUGAGCGCGGCGGGGCUGUACACCGUCGCCGCCGCCGCCGCCUUCGUCGACCAGCGCGGCCGCGUCUGGCGCACCGGUCCUCGGCUGUCGCUCGUGGUCAAGGCACACGAAGACCCAACCGUCAAAGGCAACGCGCAGGCGACAAGAAGCAGAUUCUAGCAUUAACUUCAGUUUUAAAAUGUGUGAAGAAAC